AUGGCCCAGAGCGACAGCAAGCUUACCCUCUACACCAACCCUAUCUGCCCCUUCGCGCACCGCGCCCUCCUCACCGCCACCGAGAAGGGCCUUUCUUCGAGACCGUCAUCAUCCCUCUUGGCGGUUAACCCCAGGGGCACCGUGCCCACGCUCGUCCACGGAGAGCACACGAUCCACGAAUCUCUGUUGAUUACCGAAUACCUGGACGACGCCUUCUUCAACGCCAGCCCUCGCCUCCUCCCCAGCGACCCGUACCAGCGGUACGCGUCGAGGUUCAUCGUGGACCAGUUCGGCUCUCAGGUCAUCCCCGCGCUGUACCAGCUCCUCAGGAACCAGGAUCGGUCCCAAGACGACAAGAUCAAGGAGGAGAUCACCAAGAAGCUGAAGGCGCUUCUCGACCUCUACUCCGCGCAGGCUGGCGAAGGCCCCUACUUCCUGGGCCAGCACAUCUCUCUGGCUGAUGUGGCCAUUCUGCCGUUCAUCGGCCGCUUCGCCAUCUCGCUGCCGCACUACCGCGACUUCGACGUGCUGGCCGUUGACGAGCGCCUCAAGAAGUGGCACGACGCCUUCGGCUACGCCAAAUACGCCAACCCCACCCAGUAG